AUGAAUCCCCUCAGAUCAAACAAAAGACUAUCCGGGCACUUCACCCCCUCUACCCCACCGGCCGCCAAACAGCCCACCCCCUCCACUCCCCAGCCAGCCACCCCCGCCGCUAUCAACAACGAUGACGACGCCGCCGCCGCCGCCCCGCCCGAGAUCCUCUACUCCGUCAUGGGCACCAGCAACCCCCCCUCUCUCGCUGGCUCAAUUGCGCCUGCCGCCUCCGAGACCCGCAAGGACGAGCACGACCGCAACAUCAAGAGUAUCAACGACGAGAUAUUGGCCCUCCAGCGGAGCGUUGACCAUAAGUUGGAGCUCAUCCGUCACCUUGUUGCCUCGCGCGAGGUUGCGGUCGCGCAUGAGGUCGAGCUGAGCCGUAUUGACCAGGAGUAUGCGGACGAGGAGGGGAGGAAGAAGGUUUUGCUGAGGGUGGAGUCUUUUACCGGCGGGGGUAAGAGUAAGGAGAAGGAGAAGGAGGGGAAGGGUGGGGAGGGGGGGAAGCAGAAGAAGAAGUUGAUUAGCUAUGCGAAGAGGGGGACUGUUAAGAGGGGUCCGGGAGCGAAGGAGGGUCAGACGACUGCUUGA